AUGUCGCUCACGCGCGACGCCAAGCAGCUGCGCGCCUGCCUCGGCUGUCUCUUCGUGCAGUCGGGCAACGACUUUCUGCAGAAGGGCUGUCCGAACUGCGACCAGGUGCUGCAGCUGCAGCAGGACAAGGUGGCCAUCCAGGACUGCACGACGUCGCAGUUUGACGGCCUGAUCGCCAUGGCGCAGCCAGGGCAGAGCUGGGUGGCAAAGUGGCAGCGCAUCGAUCACCGCAUGCCCGGCCUCUACGCCGUCAAGGUCACCGGCUCGCUGCCCGCCGAGCUGCGCGAGCAGCUGGCCAACGAGCGAUGA